UUUCUGAAAAAAGUAUUACAGUCAUGGAAGUUCUGAUUGCCAUUUUCUUCCUAUUAUACUUGGUUUCGCAUUGUUCUUGUAGCAGACUACGCGAAGCUGCUAUAAACCUGAACACUUUCAAUGUGAUGGAUUAUGGAGCUAUCGGAGAUGGCCUCACAGAUGAUUCUCAAGCUUUUCUAAAAGCUUGGAGUAUGGUUUGUGCAAUGAAAAAUGGUGCUGCAACCCUCAAGGUGCCUCCCGGGAAAACAUUCAUGUUGAAACCUCUUCAAUUCAGUGGUCCCUGCAGUUUCUCUUCGGUUCAUUUUCAGCUUGAAGGAGAUGUUGUUGCACCAAAGAGCACUGAAGCAUGGAAGGGUCAGGACUCUAGCAAGUGGAUUGAUUUUUCUAACGUCGAUGGCCUUAUAAUCGAUGGAGGUGGACAAAUCGACGGCAGUGGUUCUGUCUGGUGGAAUUCUUGUAAAGUGAAAAGCUGCUCAAGACCAACUGCCCUGUCUAUUCACAACUGCAACAACCUCCAGCUAACUGGGACUCGUCAUCUCAAUAGUGCAAGAAACCAUAUAUCUAUAAAUAAUUCUAAUCACACACACAUAUUCAAUGUCACUAUCACUGCACCUCAAGAUAGCCCAAACACUGAUGGAAUUGACGUUUCUCAAUCAAGCUACAUUCUAAUUCAGCGCUCAACCAUUGCAACGGGAGAUGACUGCAUCGCCAUGAACAGUGGCACGUCAUAUGUUAACAUUACUGGUAUAACUUGUGGACCCGGCCACGGUAUAAGGUACAAAUACAUUUUCAUCAUGGAAAUUUGA